AUGCCAAAUAAAAGUCUUCCUCUUGAAAACAGAGUCGCCAUCGUUACAGGAGGCUCCAGAGGUAUCGGAGCAGGAAUUGCUGAAACAUUGGCAAGCCGUGGUGCCAAGGUUGCCAUUACUUUUACCUCCGAGAUGAAUAAGAUCAAAGGAUUUGGUACUUCAGCAGACGCCAUCACUAUUCAAGCCGACUUGCGUAACGUUGCAAGUGCUAAGCUAAUCGUCGAUACUACUGUCAAAGCGUUUGGUCCCGUCAUUCAUAUUCUCGUUAAUAAUGCUGGAGUUUCUUAUAAAGGAGCUUCUAUUGGAACUACGUCUAUUGAGGACCACAAUAGUAUCUUUGACGUAAAUGUUCGAGCUGUCUUUUUCAUGGGAGAAGCCGUAGCACCCCAUCUCCCCAAUAAAGGUGGUAGGAUCAUUAAUAUCGGAAGCGCGGCAGGAAGAGAACCAUUUGGUUUACCCAUAUAUUGUGCAAGCAAAGCAGCUAUUGAAGGGUUCACAAGAUGCUGGGCCGCUGAAUUAGGUUCUAAAGGUCAUACAGUCAAUCAAGUCAAUCCGGGUGCGGUGGAGACAGAUAUGCUAAGGGAAGUAGAUAUUUCAGUAACUAAUAUGUUGAAAGCUAUGACUCAUAUGGAGAACCGCUUUGGACAGCCUCAGGAUAUUGCAGACGUUGUUGGGUUUCUUGCUGAAGAAAGCAGCCGAUGGAUCACAGGGCAAGUCAUUUCAGCCUCUGGGGGAUUAGCUAUGUAUUAA